GUGUAUCUGCAGCUGCCGCCAGUCGGAAGAGCAAAUCCGUCUGUGAUGGACUCUGGGAGCAAAACGGGGAAGGUUUACCUGCGGCCGCACAAAGCAGGAAAAAAAUGGAAGCCGGUGUUGUUGUCCCUGUUCCCCCCCAGCAGCAGUGGAGUGGGCCGACUGGAGAUCCAGGAUAUGGCAGGGGGCGGGGCAGCAGGUGAUCUUGGUAGUGGAAUCAGGAGGCACCACCCUCACCUGGACAGGAAGGUAAAGGUGGUGCGACUGUCGGAGCUGAUCAGCGUCCUCAGACUCCCCCCAAACGCAGAGGCCUGUCCCAUGGAGAACAUGUCUGCUUUCUGCGUGGAGAGCCAGGACCGAACGCUGGUGUUUGCUGCUCUCAAAGACGACUGUUUGGACUGGGUGGACAAGCUGUGUCUCAGCAGCUUCAAGACAGGAAACAAUUCAGGAAAUGUUCACGCUCACCUGGAGGAGAACCAGAUCUACGCCUCUGCAGGUGAAGCCCGGCAGUUCUGGGUGGCGGUGCAGAAGACGGAGGCUGCGACUCGCUGUGGCCUGGAGGGCUCCUAUUGGCUGGAGGUGGGCGGAGCCUCGCUGCUGCUCAGAGAAGCGCAGAAGAAGAAGCUGGUUGGAGAAUGGCCGUACGAGCAGCUGAGGAGAUAUGGGAGCCAUCAGUCGGUCCUGACCAUCGAAGCGGGUCGGCGCUGCGGUUCUGGUCCGGGAAUCUUCAACUUUGAAAGCUCUCAGGCUGAAAAGAUCUUCUCUCUGAUUCAGAGCAGCAUCAAACAGAGGGCCCCCCCCUCUGCCCCCCUGACCCAGGAGGCCCCCCUGCAGCCCCGCUCCCCCCACCCCAAAACACCCAACAUGGCUGCAGCUCUGGAAGCCAAGCUGAAGAUCCAGGACAGGAAGUCCCCGUCCUUGGAGGACGGCCCCCACGCUCAGGAAGACCGGGGGGGUCAGCCGGACGCCGCUCCUGCUCCCAUAACGCUUAUGCCCCUCCCACUGCUGCCCACACAGAACCCCCCCUCCAGGAAGGUCCCAGUCGACGAGUCAGAUGGGAUUUAUGCUGAUCCAGCUGAAUGUGCCCCGCCCAUCAUGAGGCUCCUCCCAUCCAAAGCUCUGUACAUCGACCCCACCAGCGUCCUUCCUCUGAAACCCCCGGGGGCCGCCGAAAGUCCCCCCCCACAGACAGACGACCACGAUUCCGUUUACUCUGAGGUACUGGACCGGGUCAGCACCCAUCGGAACCAGCAGAGCGGCGACCCGAACAAAGAGAAACCAGAGGAACCCGUCUACGCCGAGCCCACGGCGGGGGCGGAGCCAGACCGUGACGGGACUGAAAGCACACCCGACCCGUUUGCCCACCUCUAUGCCAAAGUCUGCAAACCAGCGCCGCCAAGAGGACCGUCCCCCGAGAGCGAGGCCCGGCCCAGUGCCGCCCCUCCCCCCACUCGUCUGACCAGAGGCGAGGAAGCGCCGGAUGACGUCAUCUACGAAAACCUGGGCAUCAUUUGACCCAUGAGGUCAGAAGAAUCCUUGACCGGGUUCUGCUCAGACGGAUCCAGAGUUCUCCAGAACUUCAAGACUCACGUUCCUUCACUUCCUCUGCUCUGAGCGUGACCUGAGCGUGACCUUAGCGUGACCUGAGCGUGACCUGAGCGUGACCUGAGUCAUGUGGUGACUCCAGAUAUCUGAGAAACGUUUUUUUCUGCUGAAUCAGCAGAUUUCUGACCAGAAUCAGAGGUUUGUUGGAUGUUUUUAAAACAUAAAACUUGAUAUUAUCGAUUUUAUCCAGUUCUGUGUCUUUGAUGAAUGUCAGAUACAUAAAUAAACAUAAAUCCGUGUUUCAGACAAA